AUGUCAUCGCGUCUUGGUACAUCCAUGGGCCUUGAGGUUCUUUUACUGAGGCUCCAGGGUACCUGCAACGAGCAGCCCCUUCUCGUGGCAUCGUCUUUGGUGGCCGGCCUCGCCAUCACCUGGCUCGCCUGGCGUCUAGCCUGGGCUCUGCUACUGUCUCCGUUGCGAAAAGUACCGGGUCCUUUUUUGGCACGCCUCACUUCCAAUCGCGGCGACAUCAAUAACUUCUCCGGUGCUGUUGCGCUGCAGGCCCAGAAAGACACGGCCCGAUACGGUCCCGUAUAUGUUUUCAAACCCAAUGCUGUCUGCAUUUCGCACCCGGACGAUGUUCGUGCCGUUCUGGGGUCCGACGACUUCUGCAAGGCCGAGUUCUUCGACAUUUUCAACGAUGGCAGAGUCCAGAAUAUCGUGUCGCAGCGAGACCCGGCCUUGGCUCGCAUGCGCAGGCGGCAGAUUGGACCUUUUCUCAACUAUGCAUAUCUCACCCGUAUGGAGCCCGUCAUUCAACGCCAUGGCUAUCUGGCCAUCCGCUCCAAGUGGGAUCGCCGUAUCAUGGAGACCAAGACGGACAAAGACGAGCCAGUCGAGGUCAACUACCGCCACGACACGCAGCUGGCCACCUUUGACAUCAUGAGCGCGCUGGCCUUUGGCAGAGAUCCCGAUUCCAUAUCCAAGGGCUCAUCCUCCAUCAGCGAGUCGGCGGCUGUCAUCAUGGACAUUCUCGACUACUCGCUCGUGCUGGGUCUGCUGUCCCUGUUGCCCUUCUCUCUCAUCAUGCGACCAUGGAAGACCAUGUACCGUGAGCUUGCCGCCUACAGCAAGACUUCUGCCCAGAUGCGCAAGGAGCACCUCGCCAACGGCGGCGAGCCCCCGGCCGACAUGCUUCAAGCCUUUAUCGAAGCCGAGGACCCGGAUUCCAAGAUCAAAAUGACCCCCUCCGAGAUCCAGGCCGAGUGCAUCAUGAUGAUGCUCGCCGGCAGCGAGACGACAUCGUCCGCCAUCAUGUGGACCAUUCAUUUAUUGCUUCUGCACCCGGACAUGCUGAAGCGCGUGACCGAGGAGAUCCGCAGUGCCUUUGGACCCCGUCACUUGAUUUCCCACAAGGACGUCUUGACAAAAUUGCCCUUCUUUGAGGCCUGCGUGUACGAGUCACUGCGCGUGUCGCCCACGACCGCCGGUCUGACACCCAGAGUGUCGCACAAACGAGGCAUCGUGCUGCACGGGGGCUAUUACAUCCCACCUGGCACGGAGCUCUAUGUGAAUCUGCGGUCCGUCAAUAUGGAUGACGAGUUUUGGCACGAGCCGCAGCGCUUCAGGCCCGAUCGAUUCGUCAACUGCGACGCGGCCAAGAAAAACCUCUUCACCUUCUCCUAUGGUCCUCGUAACUGCAUCGGAAGAAAUCUGGCGUGGGUGGAAAUGCUGACCAUUACGGCGAAUAUUUUCAAAGAUUAUGACCUUGCCUUGACGCCGGACAGCAGGUACGGGCCAGACAAUGUGGAUGAGAAUGGUGUUCCGCACUUGUUGCCGGCAAAGUGCUUUAUUGCGUCGUUUCCGUCCAAGCCAGAUCGCGAUUGUCGCAUGUUGAUAUCACGACCGGCGCUGGGCUAG